GUCAUGCGUUUCUUGCAUUACCGUGCAGUUGUCGAGAAACGAUGGUCCGCACAACUACCAUCAGCCGUUGGGUCGAGAUCGGGCUCCGUUUCAUCGGCAUGUGGCCGAACUCGGCCUACCCGGAUCUUUAUUGGACGUCGUACAUGAUGUUCUUAAUGAUAGUGCAAUAUUAUCAGUAUUCGUACGUUAUUGUGCAUUUUGACGCACAUAACCUUUCGUUGCUGAUGGACUGCCUCGGCCUUUCUCUGGCGAACAGUCUUGCUAUGUUAAAACUUUUUACCCUGAGGUGGAAUCGCCGGAUAUUCCAUUAUAUCCUGUCGGCUAUGAAUAAAGACUGGAACGAUUACAUUGACUGCGAUUCUUACCGGUCCACUAUGAUGGCAGCGGCCGAUCAGUCGCGUCGUUGUUCUUAUUUCCUCAUCGGCGUUCACGCUAUGGCUGGUUUCUCCUUGUCGGUCGGUGCUUACUUGUUCCGCCCGACGAGAAAUUCCGACAUUCGGGAGCUUCCUGUGAAAAUGGAGUUCUCCUUCGAUUUCACUAAAUCGCCGCUUUUCGAGUGCAUCCUGGUUGGGCAGUUCCUCUGCAUCUUAACGAUAGCUUCUAUCGUUGGCAUGAUCAAUGCCUUACUCGCUUCGUUGGUAAGUUGACGAUGAUUAUAAAUAUCAUUUUUAUAAUCAGAUGCUACGAUAUGAAAUGACGGGCAUUUCUCACCGCUGA